UCCAGUAAAUUAUGCACAUUUUCCUUCCCUUGUGUAACUUACUGUUUUAACCGAAAUUCAUUUUGGCAACUUCACACGAAGGAACCCUGAGAGUUUAAUAUGAGGCUGUGUGGAUUGCUGCUGACUCUCUCCUUGGUUCUGGCAGAUGAAAAUGGUGAUGACAAAUAUUCCGAAUGUGACAAGGAUAGCACAUAUGUAAUACCGAAGAAGGACCAUGAGAAUCACAUAAAUUCAAAUAUAUCUAAAAUCACUUGCCUUAUUUAUAAUGGAAAUGCAUUAAAUUGUUCCUGGAGCACAGAUUCACUUCCUGAGGAUACACAAUACUCUGCUUCAUUUUUUCACAGAUAUGACCCAUCAAAUGACUCCGCUUUAAACUGUGACUCAGAAAGGUCAAAGAAAUUGGUUGAAUGCCAAGGCCAAAUUAAUUUGGAUGUUUUUGACACCGAUAUUACUGUUAAAGCCAAUAUUUCCAUAAAUGGUGACUGGUACAUCAUCUGCCAAAGUUAUGAUCCAGUAGAUAUUGAAAAGCUGAAUCCCCCAGAAAAUAUUACAACUUUCAUUAACUCAACAAACUUAGAGAUACGGUGGAUGCUGCCAAUAACUUAUUUUUCUCCCAAACCAAGUUGUUUUAUUUAUCAUCUGAAGAUUAAUGAUGAGGACAUAAAGUUGGAAGGUGAUUUGGAAUAUAUAAAAAAAAACAUUGACCCAACAAAGAGUUACAUUAUUCAAAUAAGGACAAAACAGGACCAUACCUGUGCCAAGACUGAAUUCUGGAGUGACUGGAGUAAACCUGUGGUGAUCAACCCAUCUAAAAGUAACUCCCAGCUUGACAUUAUUGUGAUUGUAUCCAUUACCUUUGUUCUUCCUAUGAUUCUUUUGGCUAUUCUGCUGAUCUGCAGGUUCCAAAGAUUAACUGAGAAGCUUUUUCCAUCCAUUCCAAAUCCAUCGAAAAACGUUCAAAUGCUUCUUGAGAAAAAUGAUUUUGAUCAGGCUAUCCCUCCUAAACAACGUGAAGAAUGUGCCGAAAUCCUUGACGUGAUGGGUUAAAGAACCAUUCUAUAACAACAUAUAUUAAACUAGCAUUAAGUGAAAGUUAUCUAUUAUAACAAAUUGUUGAGUCUUUUUGAGACUGUGUACAAACAGAUGGAAUUGUGUUCAGUAGAGUUUGAAGAUGUUGCAUAGAUGACACUUCUCAGUGGUUUUGGGUGUAGAUAAGUGGUUGAAAAAGAAGAAUUGUGUAAAAACUUCUUGUCGCCUUAGGUGAUGUGAUAUCGCCCCCCCCCCCCC